CUGUUUGGAAGGGAGAUCGGCCUGCGCUGCACUGGGCAGUGUGGGCUGGAGCGACUCUCCCUGUCUUAAAGGCAAGGAGAUCGAUCGGCCCCGCUGUUUUGGCAGCGAGACCAGGAGCAGCUCUCCUUGCCUUUAAGGCAGGGAGAGUCACUCAAGCUGUGCUGCCAACGUAGCGUGGGCCAAAUUUGGCUCUAAACGGGGCUUCACGGCCCCAUUUGGGUCCGAAAUAACACCCCGGCAUCUGACGUCAGAUGUGGGGGGCAUGUCUGGGGCCACGCUCACAGCCCCUGAUUGGUGGCGGCCCGGGUUCUUUGAAUCAGUUUGCCCAAUGGUGGCUCCACCUCUGUCAUACAGGACCAAUCCCAUUUCAGCUUUCUUUCCUGACUUCAUAGCAUUCUCACAUUAUCCUCCUUCCAUGCACUAUUCUUAGAAUACAAACAAGGAGUCCAUAGGUGGUUGAAGGCAUAGUGAAUCACAAAACCCGCAGCUGUGGGAAGGAAGAAUAAUUUAUAUAGAUAAGGAUUUGUCAACGUAUGUUGAAUUGUCACCCCCUUGUUCUGUUUUUGAUAGAAAAGCAACGAUUUAAUAACAGUUGGUGCAGUUGGCUCCUUAGGACAAGUACACAUGCAAUGGAGGAUUUUUCAAAAUUGCUAUGAGGGAGGAGGAGGUUAAUAACUCACACUUCAUAUAGGCACAGGCCAGAGAGGUAAUGCCUAAACAAAGGCACUCAUUCUUCUGACUGAGUUCUGGUGGAACCUGCCUGUGUCACUUGGAUUACAGUCAGAUGGAAACAGAAAAAAAACAAGUAGAAGAAAAAUCUAUUUCGAGCUUUGAGCGGUGCUUUUUAGGGCUUAGGACUCUUUGCUUAUGCUUUACUUAAAGGGCAGAUAAAUAUAUUUAAAUGUAUAACGUGAAGUGAUAGGACAUCUCUGAUCUGGCAGACUUUGGAAAGUGUCGAGCACAUAGAAAAUAAAGCUAUUACAGGAGUUUCAUCAGGAGGGUGUCUCUCCAGUGUAUUUGGACAGUGUUGUGUACUGGUGUGAGUUUUGCAUUCAGUAUGAUAAGUGGGCUUUGCAAAUCUUAUCGCUGGCGUGGCCCCCGGUGUGAAACGUAUGAAGAAAAAUGUGACCGUCGACAGGAGAAGCGUGAAAACCUGCGCAGAACAAAUAACAUGACCAUGUGCCGGUUCAUGAGGAGAUGCCACAGAAAAGAAGCCAAGGAGUCUCUUCCAAGCCCCCGACAGAUAGAGUUCCUCAGGAGAAGAAAUUUAAUAACUGAAGAGUCACUAAGGAAAGUGAGGUUGCCUCCUUGCACAGACACAUCUCUGUUUCUUGAGGACCAAACAGAAGCUUUGGAGGGGAGAUCAGCUUGGACAUAUUUGAGGUCAUCUCCUACCAACCAGAUGUCUUCGAACAAUUCCACCCUCCAGCUUCAUCCCAAGUCAAUACAGCAUGGAAGCUUCAGUGAUGCUUUUGCAUGUGGCAAGUUGAAAUCUUUGCCUGAAAACAAGUUUACUGUGAAAGUUUCCAAACACUGUAAAGGUACACAAACCACAACAGAGUCCGUUGCAGAAAAGAAAAACUCAGGGCAACAGACAGACUAUGGAAUAGCAGUUCUAGAUAAAGAAAUAAUUCAGCUUUCCAAUUACCUCAACGAAGCGCUACAUCGAGAACUAGUGCUGAAACAGAAGAUGGUUAUUUUGCAGGAGCUUCUAGCCACACUGCUACAGGCAGCAGAAAAGUCUUGGAAGGGUCAACUAAAUGAAGACAAACUCAAAUGCAGAUUGAGUAUUUUGGAGAAUCAAUUGCAGAUCUGCGCUCAGAGUUGCUCAAAGCGAGGCUUAAAGAGGAUUCUGCUGGAGAUGGAGGAUCAAAAGCAGAACUAUGAGCAGAAAGCAAAAGACUCUCUUCAGAAACUGCUUGAGGAGAAAUUGCAAGCAGAAAGGCAGCUCCAGAAUGCCGAGAGAGUUCUAGCUGUUGCAGAGGAAGACUGUGCCAUCUGGAAGGAACACUACAACACAUUAAAAAAGGACUGGAGCCAGCUGACUGACAAGCACAUUGAACUAGAAAACAAGCUUCAUGAUUUGGAGAACAAACUGCAGUGGUCAGAAGCCCAGAAUUCUCAGCUGCACCAAACCCUGCAGAACUUGGAGAGUGAACGUGCCAGUCUCUAUUCAAGAAUUGAUAUCCUACAAGAAGAUGAAAGGGUCACAAUGGAGUUUCUCAGUGCCAUGGAAGGCAAGCUGCAAACUGAAGAAAGACAGAAGCUAAUGCUGGAGGCUACAAUUAAACAUUUGCACAAUGUGAUACAGAAUCAGUCCGCAGAACUGAAAGCUUCGCAAGAUGAGAGGCAGAAGACAGACCAGAGUAUAUCAUCACACAGCCAAUCCCCCAGCCCAGCCAGAACCACAGAGACUGUCCAGUACAAAGACCACAUGGGGGGGAGAGAGAGCAACCUAGAGGACCAGCUGCAAGAGAGGACAUCCCAGUUCACAGCUAAGGAGAAAGAGUGCAAAGAUCUCCACUGUGAAUUAGAGAUCGUGAGUGAUGAGUAUCGCAGCUGCCUGACCAAGCUCCACCAGUGCCGGGAUGAACUCAAUCGUUCUCAAAGCAAGCAGACUGAAAGACGACACAGUCAUUGGAUCCCUCUCAUAAUGGUGGUGAUGGCAACAGCUAUGGUAUCUUACUUAGCCAACUUUACACCUUGAGUAUUCCCUCUAUUUAGUUCUGCUUAUGCUACUGCUUUUGCUAUGGAGAAUUCUUAAGUUAUCUGUUUAUAUACUGAACUUGUUUUUAAUUUCUUAUAGUAUAUGGAAUGGUGUUUUUUUCUGUAAAUGAGUUUGUUGGUUUAAAAAAAAAAUCAAAACAACCA